AUGCAUUUCACCGGAGUCCUCGCCGUCACGGCUUCCCUCGUUGCUGUCGCCUACGCCAAUGACCCUCUUGCCUUCACGUCCUGGCCUAAGGACAUUCAAGCUGGCAAGCCUGUUACUCUGACAUGGGAGGGUGGUGCUACUGACCAGCCCGUCACUCUUACCCUCCGCAAAGGAACCUCUACCGACCUUAAGGAUGUUGAGAUCAUUACUGCUCAGGCCAAGGAUGGCACCUUCACCUGGACCCCCGGUGACAAUGUCAAGAGUGGAGAAGACUAUGCUUUCCAGAUAACCCAGGGUGGCGAGCGCAACUACUCUGCUCUUCUCAAGGCCGGGCCUGCCGUGCCGGCUUCGGAGUCUUCACAGACAAACACUGGCACUGCUACCAAUACCAACACUGCUACCAAUACCAACACUGCCACCACUAGCAAUACCAACUCUGCUCAGACCAGCAGCAGCUCCUCCUCUUCUUCCUCCACCACUGGCAGUGAAACCUCUGCUACCCAGACCACUGCCACGACAAGCAAGCCUUUGAUCAGCUCGUCUGCUGGCACUACUCCCUCCAGCAGCCCGAUCUCUUCAACUACCGUCGUCCACUCCGUCACUGCUGCUGAACCCUUUGAGACCAGCAAUGUUAAGAAUGACAAGGCAGCCUCAGCGACCGGUAGCAUUCAGAAUGGCCGUGCUUCAUCUCUGCAGUCCUACUCACAGCUCUUCAUGGGUGCUCUGGGUAUGCUGGUGUAUCUCGUUCAGUAA